GAGAGUGGAUGUGCUGUUUCUGUCGGUCGUUUAGUUGUUGUAUUUCUAUGGCUUGUGCUUCAUGUGUAGUUUCAAUUUCUUACGGAAUAUAUUUCCAAUAAUUGUGUCUUAAAAAUUAAAUAAAAUGUGAAAAUCGUGUACUUAAUCUACGAAUUACAAUAGUGGUUGAAUUACAGUACACUUGAUUCAAAGGAGGGGUUUUCUUAUGGUAGAGAUGCGGCUGAAAAUUCACUUUUUUAAAGAAGUAAUGUGUAUCUGACAAUUAAAUACAUGCUGUCCAUCGAUAUUACUGUUUGGCCGCUUUCGCUGAAGCUGCUGCUGUUAACGUUAGCGUCAGCUUCAAAGCAAGCGUCGACGUCGGCAUAUGUACAUACAUAUGUAUUUAAAAAUUUGUAUGAAUGGUGUAGUGAGUGGUUGCAAAAAUUUGGAAGUGAUAAAAUUGAUACACAUGUUUAAAUCUUGAAGUUCCCUAACAUUAAGCGAUUGUAGGUGUAAAGAUACAUAUAUGUUUGAGUAUAUGCAUAAAUAAGUAUAUGAGCAAAAUUGCAAAUGACAAGGAAUAAAGAAAAUCUCCGAAAAUAGUGUUUAUUGGUGGAACGGGUAGUGCAAAUAAUAUAAGAUAUUUACGUACUUAUCUUUAAAUUUGCAUCGCAAUGAGAAUCUUUCCAGCUUUGUCACGAACUACUUGCACCAGAACAACUUCUUCCAAUAUUGCCAAUAACAACUAAAUACUAGCACGAAUAAUUUACGAUGCCCGGUUUAGUUGUUUUCCGACGCCGUUGGUCGGUGGGCUCGGACGAUCUCGUGGUACCGGGAGCUUUUCUGUUAAUAACACAUCUUAUAUGCUUUGUCAUUGUGCUUACGUCACUAUUGGUCUUGGAAUACAAUCUCGCCAUUCUCAACUUAGAGUUACUAUUCUAUCUCCAGAUUUGUUACUUAGCGAUAUUAUUUGGCUCCGUUUGCAUUGAGGCGGGCAUCUGUAUUAUAUCUAUGCGAGGUAGUAUAUUGGACUCUGCCGCACGAACAACGAUAAACUUUUGGAUAUAUUUAAAAAGCAUGGUAAUAUUUUUUGAUAUUACAUGGUUAGUGUUAGGUACAAUUUGGUUGACAAACUACUAUUUCGAUGCGCCCAUCGAUGAAGCCAAAAAGAUUUUUAUGGCUAUAGUAAUUUGCAAUUGGGCCUUGGUGUUCAUAACUCUCAUUACCAUUUGGUGUACAUUCGAUGCUGCCGGCCGAUCAUGGGUCAAAAUGAAAAAGUAUCAAAGGUCGAUGAGAGAGACUGAAUCUCGCUUUAAUUACAAGCGCAGCGGCAGCAUGAACCGGAAUUGGCGCCAACGUAAAGUGAUUCGCGCAUACCAAGACAGUUGGGAUCAUCGAUGUCGCCUGCUAUUUUGUUGCAUGGGCGGUACUGAUCGAAACAGAAAUUCCUUUACCGACAUUGCGCGUCUAUUAAGUGAUUUUUUUCGAGAACUAGACGUUGUGCCUUCAGAUGUAGUUGCGGGUUUGGUGCUAUUGCGAAAAUUUCAAAGAAUAGAGCGAGAAGCCGUUGUCCGUCAGAGAAAAAAUGGCACAUACGAGUUUUUGAGUGGCGUGCCAAUUACUGAGCGAACUCAGUUCCUAGCUUUAAACGAUGCUAAAAACUACGAUUUCUUCCAAACCGUCAUACACUAUAUGUAUUUCGCGCAGGGAGCGUACGGCUGGCCUAUGUACUUCAUAAUAAAUCGUACCAAAAUGUAUAAUUUGCUACCCGAAUUAAGAUGCUUUACUUGUUGCUGCCGUCCCCAAAAUGAUACACCCACUGUUAUACAAGACAACUGUUGUUUUUGUAAUUAUGCCGCCCUAAAGAAAACUCUGCAAGUCGGAGAUAUCGAAAUCAUCUACGCCACAUAUCAUGUCGACGUCGGUGAGACACCGUUCUUUGUAGCUGUUGAUUAUACUAAGAAGAAGAUUGUUGUAAGCAUACGUGGUACAUUAAGUAUGAAAGAUAUACUUACGGACUUAAACGCCGAAGGUGAGGUAUUGCCGCUCUCACCGCCGCGCGAUGAUUGGCUUGGCCACAAAGGUAUGGUGCAGGCUGCAAUUUAUAUUAAGAAUAAAUUAGAAGAAGAAGGACUGAUUGAACGCGCCCUAAGUCAUAACCGUGAUAGAGGCACAGAUACGUUUGGUCUGGUGUUGGUGGGCCAUUCUCUGGGCGCUGGAACUGCGGCUAUUUUAGCAAUAUUAAUGAAAGCUGACUAUCCUUCAUUACAGUGCUUUAGCUAUUCGCCCCCAGGCGGGCUGUUGAGCAUGCCGGCAGUAGAGUAUACGAAAUCAUUCAUUACGUCUAUUGUUUUGGGGAAGGAUGUAGUGCCUCGAAUUGGUUUACAUCAAAUGGAAGCAUUGCGCGCAGACUUAAUUAAUGCAAUCCAACGAAGUGUAGAUCCUAAAUGGAAAACAAUAUCUUGUUCCGUCGUUUGCUGUGGAUGUGGACCGGAGCCAACAUCAGUUGUUGAGAUGUCCGGAAAAGAUACACACAUUAAUCAAUAUCAAGAACAAAGAGAUUCGGCCCGCUCUACAAGUGCACACCCAACAGACAGCUCCAUCGCUUUGACAUUACAUCAGCCACUUUAUCCACCUGGAAGAAUAAUUCAUAUAGUACGACAUCAUCCUAAGCCUGAAGAGCAAAAGUACGACAGCGGUUGGAGAAGUAUUUUGAAGAGUCAUGAACCUGUCUAUCAGGCCAUUUGGGCCGAUACUUAUGAUUUCGAUGAAGUACUCAUUUCGCCCGUCAUGUUGCAGGAUCACAUGCCAGACAAAGUUUUGGCAGCGCUCAAAAAGGUUGUAACCACAAGUGGACCACGGAAACCACAACGCCAAACAUCAAACGCAUUUUCCACUAUAUCCAAUGAUUAUAACCAUUAUGAUAUAGAUGUUGAACGCAUAUCUCCACUAAGUUCGAUGGAUGCAAUAAAUGUUUUAAAACUUGCCGAGAACUUUAAGCAACUUUCCCACAGUUCCGUACCUAAUAUAAGCUGCACAGUGAACUUGACACCAACAGUACAGCGUAAAGUCUCUUGCGAAACGUCUUUUGCGAAUUUGCAUGCACCACUGGAAAUGCCACCAAUUGCCGGACCGAAUUCCAGUAAAGCUUCAUCGAUAGCUGGCAGCAUUUUAGGUCACGGCCAGUUUAGCUCGGCUCAAUACGAUAUAUCUAUAGAUGAGAGCAUAUUGACUGUCGCACGUCGAAGUCCUUCCGUACCGAGUGAAUCGGCUACUGUGAUAAUAAAUGAGCGUGACCCAUUGCCGGCUCAGCGUUCAAAGGCUGUGGCAUUUGAUAUUGAUACGAAUUCUAGCGAAAUGGUAUACUCGCAGCACGUUCAUCAAAAUACUCGUACAUCAAAAAGUGUUUUAAAUCGUCAAUACUCGGCACGUGCUGAGAAACGGAAACGUAAUGCCACCAAUGCUGCAUUACGUAGAGCUUCGGAUGCGUCCAGACCCAUAGAUUUAUUACAUGAUGAUUGGUUAGGCUUAGCACCAUUAGCUAGCCCCGAGACGUUAUCCGAAAUAUCCAGUAUAUCGUCACGCACAAGUGCACCUAUUAGCUUAGCCAAUAGUAUAGAACGUUAUUUGCACAAUCUAAAUCUAGGCGCUGAUAGUGCGAAUGGACGAGUUAUGCUUGAAGACAUUUUCGAAUCGCAAAUGCAUACACCUAAAACAUUGCGACGUGCACCGAAAUUCAGUGAGAAUUUAUCUAAUUGUGCUGAAGACAGUCGUAAUGUUGAUCAAUACAAACGUAUGGGCAGAGUGUUCGUCACAUUUCCACCCAUUUUUGAUAACGUCCAUAGUAGUAGUAAUACCAACAAUCAGAAGUCAAGCUUAGAUUCCAGUGAUGAGAGUUAUGAGUCAGCGCAGAGUCUCAGUCGACUUCAAUCAAAACAUGAUCCCACCAGUGAACGUGACUCUGCUAGCGUCAAUGUUCUUCAACCAAAACAGAGUUCAAAAUCCGCAGACCCAUUAGACGGUGAUACAACUCAAAGUACCACGAAAAAAUUAACUUUUAGUGAUAGCGAAAUUCUAAAUGAUAGUUGCCAUAGCCUAUGCCCCAAUUGUCCCUGCCGAAGGAUCGACGAGGCCGAACUUAAAACUAAUUGCUGCCAGCGCUUGGAGCACAGUCAAUGUAUAAUGACGCUUUUGAGUAAAGAUGGGAAAUGUGGUUCGGCUGAUACGACGUUUUAUAGUGCCAAUUCGUCCAUCGAACAGUUCUCAACACCAGGUAGAUCGAUGUGCUGUCACAGUUCAACUAAUAACGGCGGCUCUGCGUGCCAAAGUGCUACCGAGGAAAUGUCCAUCACAAGAACGGGUGUGCUUGAGUCACAUUUCCCCGUAUACGAAUCUACGCAAACUACAGCUGAUGGAUCUGAAAUUGACAAAACUUCUACGUGUACCUUACGACCUACUGUUUUCACAACAGACCAUCACAAACGCGAUGUAACUGGUGGCCGAAUACGCAAACGACUUUCAUCCGAAGAAUUCAUAUUCACCCGCCCAGACGAUCUCCCACUAGUGGCACAACUAGGUGAGAAGUCGAACAAACGCAAAGGAUGCGUGUAUCCAGCGGGUACGAAGUAUAAUAUUCGACGAGCACGGCCGCCAACCAGCACGAAUGGUGUAUCGAUAAAUACAACAUCAUCUCCAAGUUUACAAAUACAGAAUAAUGUAAAUCAACAGGUUUCACUAUCUACUUCGAGUUCCCCUAGUAAAUGUUCUAGUCUAAUGCUUCCUAUAACUUAUAGCGAAGAGAGUAGUGUCUGAAGUUCGUAGAAAGUACCUAAUUAUGUAUCUAAAUAGUAGUGAAAUAUUGAUUUUGUGUAUUAAGUUUUCAGUUCUCAGCUCACUUGCACACCUUACAUACGACUAUAUUGCAAGUCAUAGCUAUACAUUCAUAUAUUAUAUUAUAUUUGCAUGUUGAAUACUGUACAAACCCUUACAAUAAGACAA